GCGUAGGCUUUGGCUGGGUCAUAGCGCGGGUCGUGUUUCCUGCGGCCUGUAGGGGAGACGCGGUCGGAGUGGGAGGGAGAGUCAGCACCGGAGAGGUGGAAGAAGACAGGCUUUAGGCUGGAAGAGCCUUAGAGGAGCCAUUUUGCAGCUACUAGGAUGUGCUAGCCCAGUCUUGGAGCUGGGUACCCAACUGUGAACAAGAUCCACACAUUUUUCUGCCUUCAUGGAGCUCAGAGUCUAGUGGGAGAGACAGGAUGACUGGUUUGGUUUUGUGUGAACCAACAGAGCUUUACAACAUCCUGAAUCAGGUCACAAAACUAUCCAGAUUAACCGAACCCAACUAUCUCUGUUUAUUGGAUGUGCGUUCCAAACGGGAGUAUGACGAAAGCCACGUGAUUACAGCCCUUCUCGUGAAGAAGAGGGCAGAUGAAUAUCUCAUCCCAGAGUCUGUAGAUCUGGAGUGUGUGAAAUACUGUGUGGUGUAUGAUAACAACACCAGCAACCUGGAGAUAAUCUUAAAAGACGAAAACGAUGAUGACAACACCGAUGAUGACAAACAAGGAGUGGUGCUCGGAGCUGCCCUUGAGUGUGGUAGAGCCCUGACCCGCCUCACCCGCCAGCCCAUCCAUAUCCUGAGAGGGGGCUACGAGCGCUUCUCAGCCAUGUACCACUUCUUCCGGACGCAGAAGAUCAUCUGGAUGCCGCUGGAACUGGAUGCAUUUCAGCCAUACCCUGUUGAGAUAAUGCCAGGCAGAAUCUACCUGGGCAAUUUCAAGCAAGCCUGCGACCCUAAAGUGCAGAAGGAUUUGAAAAUCAAAGCACAUGUCAACGUAUCCAUGGAGACAGGGCCAUUUUUUGUAGGCGACGCUGACAAGCUUCUGCACAUCCAGAUAGAAGAUUCCCUAGAAGCCAACAUUUCCCCCUUUUUACGCCACCUCUGCCACUUCAUUGAAAUUCACCUUGAUCUUGGCUCUGUCAUCCUGGUGUUUUCCACCAUGGGCAUCAGUCGCAGCUGCGCAGCCAUCUUGGCCUACCUUAUGCACCGGAACGAGCAGACCCUGAAAAGGUCCUGGGCCUACGUCAAGAAGUGUAAAAACAACAUGCGUCCAAAUCGGGCCUUGGUGGCUCAGCUGUCAGAGUGGGAGAAGGUCAUCCUUGGAGACGUCGUCACAGACAUCUUGGAUCCACUCUACUGAUCUUCUCUGUGGCCCAGCUGUGGGUCUAGAAGAACCUGGCUUGGAGGCUUCUUGUGGGUAGUGGGCCAGGGUGUGUAACCAGGAUGUGGAAUGAGAAGGCCUUUGCUGCCUGGAGCCU